AUGGAGGCCUCGGGCAGCAGCGAUGGCGGCUUCGAGUUUUGGAGCUACCGCGAGCAGAACGCAUCCAGCUCCUCUCCCAUCGGCAGCCCCUCAUCAGGAUCAGGUACCGUAGUCUCAGCCGCCUACACCUCUCUCUCUUCUCGCCUGUCCUCUGGCUCUAUGGAGGCGGCGACCAUGCACUUGGACUUGGAUUCUGACGGAGAGGAGGAGGAGGAGGCGGAGAUGGUGACGGAGACGAAGGAGGUCCGGAUAAAGCACAUCAAAAGCCUGGUCCAGGAAUUCUUUGGUGCGCCGUCCACGAGCUGCAGCAUCAACAGCGGCGACAUCGGCGUCCUGGAGAGGUGGUUGGAUCAGCUCGGCGUCGGCUGGAUUAUCCACGUCGCAGGUGGUGCAUCUGUUUGGGAACUCCAGGAUACCUGCAGCAGCUGGACCCGUGCUCUCGCUCAGAUCACGGAGGCCAUCCGUCUGGUUGCAUCGCUCUGUCUUGAUCAUCACUGCUCCGUGAGCUUACCCAGUAUCUGCGAGAAAGAGCCUGCUGAGGCUGCGAGUGAGAACGGGGACGAAGCUAGUGUUCCGGACCAGUUCCUGUUUGCACGGUUUAUCGAAAUAACCAUGCUGAAAAUGUUCGCUUUUGUGGACUUCGUAGUUGCUCCGGAUACUACAACCACUAUAGAGGUUAUCAUGGUUUUUGGUGUGGAUGGGGUGCCGCCACCACCACCACUACCAUACGAGAAGCUCAGUACCCUGCUGGUCGUCCGCGGUGCUCUGUCCAAGGCGUUAACCCAGAUCCGGUUGUCCUUUCAUUGGCCUCCCUCUGCAGAAAUCCAAAGGAUACAGCGCGAGAUAGUCAGCCUCUUGUCAGGAAAGGAGGGCAAGGUGCGUGAGGCCAUAUGGAACACAAUGGAGCACAUUAGGACUAGUGUCCUGGAGUCGAUAAUGGAGGAUGGUGGUGGUCAUCACUUGUCGACUUCUCUGACGACACAAGGAUCAUCGGACGUUCACAAGGCCACUCGGCGUGUAACGAGGUAUAUUAGGUUCCUCAAGCUUCACUACUCGUCAUUGGCUCCUAUUGUGUCGGAAGCAGCUAGUCUUGGUUGGUAUGUGCCUCGAGUUAGUAGACAAGCAGAGCCGCCUCUGAUCAGCAUGAUCAUAGAGACUGCGUCUUGUCUAGAAGAAAAGCUCAUCAACAAAUCAGAACAAUUCUCAGAUGAAGAGCUCAAGUCCUUGUUCUUACUCAACAACUCAUACUUCAUGCUGACUGAACUCAAGUACCCUUUUUUCCCCUCUGCCAAAGUCCACAUGGCUGCCCUCACUUGCAAACUUGAGGCCCAUAUGCAGAGAUAUAUAGACGUAUCUUGGGCCCCAGUGUUGUCAUGCUUGUUCGAUUCUACUUGUACACCUGUGUGCUUGGGGAGAAACUACUACUCAUCCCCACUGUCCAAGUUCGAGUACGAAUUUCAGAAAAUUUACACCACACAAAAGCAGUGGAAGGUCCCACAUCCGGUGCUGAGGAUGAAGCUGCGCAAAGCUAUCACCGACAAAAUCAUUCCAGACUAUGCAACAUACAUCGAGGAUAACAAAGUUAUCACCCCAGAUUUCAGUCCCCUAAAGCUGCAAGUGAUGCUGCAAGAGUUAUUCGAAGGAUGA